AUGGUGCGGCGGCGGGAAGCCAGGCGUGCUUCUUUCACGCAACUGUGCACCGCUUUAUUGUGGUUGCUCACCUGUUUCAACGAACUAAAUGCUGUUAAAAUAGUGAAGCUAGUAGUACCAGAAAUAAUACAGUACGGUGUCCAGGACGCUGUGAUCUUAGACUGUGAGUACACGUAUGGAAACAACACUUCCGGAUUAGUGGUGAAGUGGUUCUUCAGAAAUAAAGCGAGACCGGUCUACCAAUGGAUUGUGUCACAGAAACCGCAGGAUAUGGGAAUAUUGAGAGGCCGCGUUGAUUUAACCUACAGGGCAUCGAACGAUCCAUUAAAAAUGCACAGAGCACUUCGCAUAGUGAAGCCGAAUACGGAUAUUUCUGGUGAUUACACGUGUGUCGUUUCAACAUUCAUGGAAGAAGAUUCGAAAACUAAGCAAAUGGUUGUUUUUGUGCCGGAGACGAACUUCCGUCUGAUUCAAAACAAGACUGACGAUGACACUGUGAACGUCAUAUGUGCUGCGGACGGAGCGUUUCCUGCUCCGAACCUCACACUUGCAACACCCGAAAGGCGAUUAGAUGGUGUUUUCCACGACGUCAAACUAUUAAAUGGAAGAUACUCGGCAAUGGCAUCGGUCACACUGCUUGACGCGGACCUGCCUUCUCCUGCUGAGUUCAUCUGCACCUUGAGAAUACCGUUAGCAAACUACGCUGUGAGAAAGGAAGCAAUAUAUUAUCCAGGUCCUAUAAGUACUACUCCGGAGAUGCCAACUGCAGCAGAUAUGCAGUUGGCGGCAGCUGUGGGAUCCAAAGGAGCAAACAGAUGCACCGCAAUAGCAUUAGUUUUGCUACCAGCUUUGGCUCAAUCAUUAUUG